ACUCGCCAUGUCUGUAGUUUCGUUCUAAUUCGCAUAACGAGUGAUAGUGUAAACAAGUUUUUAAUUACUUUUACACCGCGAGCUGGUCUCAAAUAUACAUAGUUGAGUAAAAAUGACCACCGAGUUUCGAAAAUAUAGCAACAAAUCAUGAAAUUAUCGUCGAAAAAUUGACAACUUUUGGUCACACGAUCGGAUACGUCUCUUUCGGUACCUACUCGAAAAAAAUGCUCAAGUUUAAAAUUAACGAUAACGUCUAUACAGUGGGUGCUAAUGAUGUAUCUCCUGAGACCUCGCUCAACGAAUAUAUCAGAAACCAUGCCAAUCUCAAAGGUACCAAGUUCAUGUGUUUGGAGGGAGGCUGCGGUGCUUGUGUAGUCACUGUCAGGAAACCGAAUCCGAUAACUGAUCAGCAGGAAGUCUUUGCGGUGAACUCGUGUCUAGUACCUGUAUUUAGUUGCCAUGGAUGGAAUAUCAUCACCAUCGAAGGUAUAGGUAAUCAAAGAGAAGGCUACCAUAAAGCCCAAUCAACUCUGGCUGGCUUUAAUGGUACUCAAUGCGGAUACUGUAGCCCUGGAAUGGUUAUGAAUAUGUUCAGCUUACUAGAAGGAAACGAGGGGGAGGUUAAAAUGAGCGAUGUUGAGAAUUCUUUCGGAGGUAAUAUGUGCAGAUGUACCGGAUACAGGCCAAUUUUAGAUGCUUUCAAGUCCCUAGCCACUGAUGCUACUCCAGAGUUGAAGCAAAAAUUCAUCGAUAUCGAAGAUAUAAUGACUCAAUUUAAAGUCUGUUCCAAAACCCAAAAACCCUGCAAUAAUCAGUGUAAAAUCAAAGUAAACGGAUACGACACGUGCGUUGAUCAAGACCUUAAAGUACUCGAUAAAUCGAUAGGUCUAUCGAUACAGCUACAAGGAGCUACCUGGUUCAGAGUGACCAGAGUUCAAGAAAUAUACAACAUUUUCGAGAAAAUGGUUCACGAUGACACCAAGUACAUGAUUGUGGGUGGAAAUACGGCUCAAGGGGUCUACAGGUCCGAACCACAAAAAAUUUACAUCGACAUAAAUGGAGUGAAAGAAUUACACGAUUACGUAUUAAACUCUGGUAAUCUGAUUUUGGGAGCAAAUACGACUCUUACAGAGACCAUGAGAAUAAUGGAUAAAGUAGCAGCGGAAAAUCCCAAUAAAUUUGGCUACUUGAAAAAGCUCGCCAAACACAUCGAUCUCAUCGCCAAUGUGCCAGUCAGAAAUACAGGAACGUUGGCAGGUAACUUAUCGAUUAAGUAUUUCCACCCAGAGUUUUCUUCUGACCUGUUCAUCAUACUGGAAACCGUUGGAGCUCAAUUAACGAUUGGUGCUCCAGGUGGAAAGACGACUACUUAUUCAUUGGCAAAAUAUCUCGCAUCCGAUAUGCGAUGCAAAGUCUUAUUGAAAAUCAUAUUACCAGCCCUGGAUUCGUCUAAUUACGAAUACGCUUCCUAUAAAAUUAUGCAAAGAGCACAGAACACCCACGCUUACGUCAAUGCAGGAUUCCUCGUCAAGGUAGACAAGAAUAGAAAUUACAAAGUGAUUGGUUCACCAGCCUUAGUUUAUGGAGGAAUUAAUCACAAUUUCGUUCACGCCGAAAGAACCCAAAAUUACAUCACGAAUAAAAGCCUCUUAGACAUCAAUGUACUUAAAGAAGCUUGCAAAAUACUCAAAUCCGAACUCGAGCCUGACAAUGACCCCACCGAAGCAUCACCCGAGUAUCGAAUUUCAUUAGCAGUGAAUUUAUUUUACAAGUUCAUUCUCAGUUUAUCGCCAGAUUCCAUUUCAGAAAAAUAUCGCAGCGGAGGUUCUUUGUUAAUCAGACCUCUAUCAUUGGGCAAGCAAGAUUUCCAGACUGAUCGAUCAGUGUGGCCUGUGAACAAACCAAUACCUCAUGUGAAUGCAUUUCUACAAUGCUCUGGAGAAACUGAAUAUGUUGACGAUAUCCCAGCACGAGUCAAUGAACUUUACGCAGCAUUUGUAGUAGCUAAAAAAGGUCCAGGGAAAUUAAUCAGUAUAGAUACAAGCGCCAUAGAGAAUAUGCCAAAUGUAGUGAAGUUUAUAUCAGCCAAAGAUAUCCCGGGUAAAAACACUUGCCUAUCAGCAGUACCUUUUGGCACACUUGAAGAUGAACAGCUCUUUGCUGACAAAGAAAUCCUAUACGCUGGUCAAACCAUCGGAGUGGUCGUGGCUAAAACUCAAAUCCUCGCAAACAAAGCAGCAGACCAAGUCGUUGUUAAUAUCGAGCAAACUCGUAAGCCAGUUUUGAAUCUCGAGACAAUCGUUGAGACUGGAGAUCAAAGUAGAAUAAUUCGACAUGAGGAACAAAUUGCCACUCACAGGAAAAGUAAUACAAAGUACAAAUUCAAAGGCUCUUUGACAACGGGAAGUCAAUAUCAUUACCAUAUGGAAACUCAAACCUGUCUAUGUGUCCCACUUGAAGACGGAAUGGACAUUUACCCAUCUUCUCAAUGGAUCAGAGCAAAUCAACACACCGCAGCUGAAGCUUUAAAUAUGUCAGAAAAUAGUAUCAAUGUAAGCGUGAAAAGAUGCGGAGGAGGAUUUGGCGCGAAAACGGAGAGAUCAGGUUUGAUAUCAACAGCUUGUGCUGUAGCAGCUUACAAUCUCAAAGUGCCAAUACGAAUGGUCACCAAGUUGGAAACAAAUAUGGAAGCUAUUGGCAAGAGGAUCCCAAUGUAUGCUAAAUACGAGGUGGAAGUUGAUGAAAAAGGGGAAAUCCAACACAUGAUCGUCAAAACAUACAGCAACCAUGGCGUCACAUUGAAUCACUCGAUGCACGGUUUCAUUAUUCAUAGAAUUCCGAAUUGUUAUGAUUCGUCAACUUGGACAGUUUUUCAAUACCAUGUAAAGAGCGACUCCGCACCCAAUGUAUACGCCAGAGCUCCUGGUAGUUCUGAAGGAAUUGCCUUAAUUGAACAGAUAAUGGACCAUAUAGCCCAUGUAACUAAUCUCAAUCCAGUGGCUGUACGAUUAACGAACCUCAAUCCAGAAUUUACUUCAGAUAUUCCACCUAUGAUAGAUGAUUUGAAACAGAAUUCAGACCUGAUAAAUCGUUUGAAAGAGGCUGAAAAUUUCAACAAGACUAAUCGAUGGAAAAAACGAGGAAUCUCAUUGGUAGCGAUGAAUUACACCCUUGGUCCUUUUGUAUCAUAUCAUGCUUUAAUGUCAGUCUACAUGUACGAUGGAUCUGUGGCCAUAAGUCACGGAGGUAUCGAAAUGGGUCAAGGUAUUAAUACCAAAAUUGCGCAAGCUGUGGCCUACACUUUGGGAAUAGAUGUCAGUAUGAUAAAAUUUAAAGCAUCUAUGGCUCUAACUGGCCCUAACGAUGGACCCAGCGAUGCAAGUGCAGCAAGUGAUGGAGUUACUUACGCUGCUAUACAGUGUUGCAAAAUACUGCUCGCUAGACUCGAACCUGUCAAACAAAAAAAUCAAGGUAAAUCGUGGCCUGAAAUAAUCGCAGCCGCAGCAGCCGAGAAUGUAGACUUGAUGUGCGAAUACAUGUAUUCACCAACAGCGAGUUAUGCUCAUAACUACCACGUUUUUGGAGCAGCUGUUUCUGAAGUUGAAGUUGAUCUGUUAACUGGUCAAUAUUUGAUCAACAGAGUGGAUUUAUUGGAAGAUGUGGGGCAAAGUUUGAGUCCUACCAUUGAUCUGGGUCAAGUUGAAGGUGCCUUUGUUAUGGGUCUAGGAUACUGGCUGAGUGAAAAAUUGAUAUACGAUCAAGAUACUGGAGCUUUGCUGACUAAUCGAACUUGGAAUUACACCAUUCCAGGAGUUAAAGACAUUCCAGCUGACUUCAGAGUAUACUUCAGAAGAAAUUCUCAUAAUCCUUUAGGUGUACUGAGAGCAAAAAAUACGGGAGAGCCACCUCUGUGCUUGAGUAUAGGAGUAGUGUUUGCAAUUCGAAAUGCAUUACAAUCAGGAAGAAAAGAUGCAGGAUUGAAAGAUACCUGGUUCCAAAUAAACCUGCCACUCACUCCGGAGAACGUACUGCUCAGUUCAAAAACGUCGAUAGAUCAAUUCGCACUGUAAUUUUUUCUAACGUUUUAUCUCACGAUAAUGUAAAGCCUUAUACUCGUAUGCACGUAUAUGACCCUUUUAUGCCGAUUGUAAAAUUUUGACGUAAUAAAAAUUCCCUAAUGUGA